CUCGUCUGCUCUUACAAGUUGCAGCUGUUGCGAAGAGACACAUUUUUAUGCAUUUAUCGUCAAGCAAAAGUUGUCAUAAUUAAUCAUUUAUUCGGUCGUUAAGUGUAAUAUUAUUUAUAAUCUUUGUCCGGUCCGGCAGACUUUCUGUCCCGACUACUGUGAGCGACAGCGGAACCAUUGUCCCUGCUUCAGCAUUUGGACGGAGCCUCUUCAGUGUUGCACGCUGUCAAAACGUAAAGCAACAGCAGUGCAGAGGAAAACCUUUUAGCUGCAAACUUUGAAUAUCGACAUCCUUUAGGGGCAGAGUCAGAUUCAUCAGCUCCAGCUUGUGUCCCUGUUGACAUACAUUAUUGACUGGUAUGUUGACGGAGGAGGAAGAUGACUGCCCGGAGCUGGUGCCCAUCGACACCCCGCCUGGUCCUCCUGCAGAGCAGAUACCUGUCACCAUCAUCACAGGCUACCUCGGUGCCGGAAAGACUACACUCCUGAACUAUAUCCUAACAGAGCAACACAACAAGCGGAUUGCUGUCAUACUCAAUGAAUUUGGAGAGGGCAGCGCCCUUGAGAAAUCCCUUGCAGUGAGCCAAGCAGGAGAGCUGUAUGAGGAGUGGCUGGAACUGAGAAAUGGCUGCCUCUGCUGCUCUGUCAAGGACAAUGGUCUUAAAGCCAUUGAGAACCUGAUGGAGAAGAAAGGAAAGUUUGACUACAUCCUACUGGAAACUACAGGACUCGCUGAUCCAGGAGCGGUGGCCUCCAUGUUCUGGGUCGAUGCAGAGCUCGGCAGUGACAUCUAUUUGGAUGGCAUUGUCACAGUCAUUGAUGCCAAAUAUGGACUGCAGCAACUAAAAGAGGAAAAAGCAGAUGGACUCGUCAAUGAAGCAGCCAGGCAGAUUGCUGUUGCUGACCUGACCAUAAUCAACAAGACAGACCUGGUGAAUGAGGAGGAACUUGCACAAACCAGAGAAGCUGUCAGGUCUAUAAAUGGUCUUGUCAAGAUUCUGGAAAGCCAGAAGUCAAGGGUGGAUCUCUCUGAAGUGCUGGAUCUGCAUUCCUUUGACAGUAAAGACGGAGCAAAUCUGGCAGAGAAGCUCCAGCUUGUGAAAGAUACGAGACCACAUCUUGACAAGAGUAUUUUAACUGUGACGUUUGAAGUGGCUGGAGAUCUGUGUGAGGAUGCUUUGAAUGUCUUCAUCCAGGAGCUCCUAUGGGAAAAGAUGUUCAAAAACAAAGAAGGGCAACCCAUGACUGUCAUUCGGUUAAAGGGCAUAGUAUCAUUUGCAGGUAAAGCCCACCAAGUGAUGCUGCAGGGGGUCCACGAGCUGUAUGACCUCAAUGACACUCCACAGCUCUGGAAGGAGAACCCAAGGAUCAACCGCCUGGUCUUUAUAGGUCGGAACCUGGACAAAAACAUUCUGCAGGAACAGUUCAUCUCUGCAGUGCUGGAAGGAACAGCGAAAAAUUAACUACAAUCUCUGCACUCUCUGAUGCAUUAAAAACUGAUGAUUCUGGAGCAAAAGUCAUGACUUUGGCCAUCCAUAAAUCUGGGACUGUGUUUCAGACAUUCACUCCUUUGUGCAAGAACAUGAGGUACGUCAGAGGAUGGUUAAGGUAGUUUUAAUCUGAUAAUUCUCCACUACCUGCUUGAAAGGCUGCAGUAUAUCAAAGAUUGUGUAUCUUGCUGUAGUGCCUCAUAUAUAUGCUGUGAAACUUAAACUGAACAUGACUUCUAAAAUGUGUGCACACACUAAGAUGCAUCGAAGGUCCCUAAAAUGUAAUCAAUGCAUUUUUUUGUUCUUUUAAAUAGAGAUGGCUUUGUGAAAUCUGCCAUUUUAAAGGUUGGGAGCCCAAGUAGUGAUGGAAGUUGCAAAGUGGCACACAUACUGUAUCCAGUGUGGUACAAGACUGUACUGUAAACAAGUAGACUUAUGUUUCUGGCUUUUAACACCCUGUAUUUUUAAAUUAUUCAAAAUAAAGUUUGACUGAAAGAC